AUGGGAUGUGCAUGCAUCCGCACGAAACCACCGCGGUUCAAGGGUUUUGUUGUUGACGCGUACCCAAGCGAUAGAAAAAACGACAGCCCGGUGCAGGAUACCCUCGGGAAACUGGAAAACUACGUGGCAAGCAACCCGGAGCGUAUCCCACGCAUAUGCCGAAAGAUAUCCAAGCUCCUAGCACAGGAUGAACGGCGAAAACACACGCAACGAAUUCUCGUUGGGCUGAAAAUGCUAAAAGAACUCAUUGUGAACUCCAGUGAGGUGAGUGGAUUUGUUCCCCACUCCAUUGAUAUAUGCGCCCGGCUGUUGAAUCAACGGUACACGGCGGAAAUACGCAUUGCAGUGGCCGAUGUGAUUACAGCCCUGUGUUUCAAAGUUGUUGGUCACCACGAUAGGGAACACUCAUGCCAUCUCCUUAACCACAGCAAAGACCGGCUCUUACCGCCGUUACUGCAGAUGUGCAUGGAGAGACUGACAGAGGUGCGCAAAAGUAGUGACGAUUCAAAGGCAGAAGACGGUGGUGGUGGUUUUACCAUGGAACUGAUGCGCUGCCAUCAUGCGGGCGUCGUGGCACUGGGAAACCUUGCUUUUUGCCUGCAGGGUGCUCUUGCAAACAGUGUAAGAGGGGUGGAAACGGCCUUUUUGCUUAACCUUUUGCAUGCGGUGUCUAAUGGCGGCCCUGCGAUGCAGGAGCAACAGUUCAACAUGCUUCACGCACCCGAUAUGCAUGAAUUCAGCGCAUCUACGAGUUACAAUAGUAACGGUGGCGCCGACGGGGGUCCAUUCCGCAGUGUGUUGCUACCUGAUGACAGAAAUGAGUGCACAGCUGUGCGCAUUGCCGCCGCUGCAUGGGGAAUUGGCGCUAUUGCAUCUUGUGUGCCGAGCGUCAAUAUACGUGCCUUCCUGCAGAGUGUUCAAAACUUUAUCACCGUUCAUCGUGUGUGGUCACCACCGCUCUUUCCCUGUGUUGUGUUCCGUUCGCUGACCCACGCGAUGGAGCGCCGGCCACAGCGGCUUGGCUUCUGCGUAUGCAAGUUUCUCCAUGACUUCGGCAAAGAGAAGGCAGUGUCCACGAGCUCUGUAAGCAAGCGGGAAAGGGGAAAAGGGAAGAGAGGAAUGAUGGCUCAAAAUACCGCAGGUGUGCUUUCAGGUGUCUUGCAGGCCUUGGUUGUGUGUGUGAGUGAAGUGCGAAUGAUUGGUCGAACACCACAAAUUCUGAUCGACGAGUGGCCAACUGACGCGGUGUUGAUAGACUCGAGCCUUGUCGAUGGGCCAGCAAUGGAAAUAUUUGAAUUACAUCUCAAGUUGGUGUUGCGAUUACUGCAGUGCGCAUACAGGUGGCAAAACGCCCCUCAACUGCACCAACUUCUGCUUAAACUUCUUUACUGCUUGCAGAGGGUGUUGUCGACCUCCACACAAGGCCCUGUGGUCACUGUGGCACUCCAAGCAUUGGCGGAAGCGGCGUCAUACAUUCGGACAGUUCCGUUUGCCGACCGCAGCGAACUCUCCGCUGCCUCAUUUAUCGAGCCAUACCUUCAAAGCAGUGGCAGCAUGCGGCCACACAUCGCACGGGUGCUUGCAGGGUUCCUUUCGGGUGCCCCUCCAUCCGUUCAUACGCCUCCGGACGAACUUGCGGGAGUUGUGAAGGGUCGGAAAGUGCGAGAGACGGCGGAUUCAUCCACUGAGCAACUGGAGGCGCACCAGUCGCCACUUUUGACAGACGGACGUGACGUCGCUACGGCUAAGGAAUGGUUGCUCUCAGUUAUUGGUAAAAGCAGGGAUGACAAUAGUGACGUCUCCGCAACGUGUGUUGUGGAAGUGGGGAGGGUUAUGGGAGCCCUUCUGCAGGGGUGCGGAGCAGCAGAACUCAGUUUCGCGCUUGCGGUCGCUGAUAUGUUGCAGUCGUUUGCCUCAGACACUAAAAAAAAUACGGAUCUCCACGUGGCGUGGUCGCAUCAGUCACUCGUAAUUCUUGUUAACUGCUCCAUUUUUUGCGGUGCCCCGCAGUUAUAUCGGUAUGCUACAGAACUUCUUGAGCAACGCCACAAUGCCGGGGAGCUUUCCACACAUUUUUGCCACAAUACUGAAGGCGAUACGAUACGACUCAUGCGUCCAAAGCAUGGCAGCCAACAGGAAGGAGGACAAGCCAACUUACAGCCACUACGCACACAACCGAUGGAUGAGCCACCGGUGACAAUCCGCGUCGACAUGGAUGUUGUCAUCAAUAUGGUUGCUGAAUAUGCAACUGAAGAACUAAUGAGUGCGUUACGCUUCCCUCCGCAAGACAACAGGGCAUCAAAAAAAAAUACAACCGCAGUCGCGGAUAGACUGAAGGCGGCGGUAGCAGACGCCUCCUCAGCCGUACGGCAUUCUAAGCAGAGCGUUGAGCCACGACAACAUCAACAAAAGGGCGGUCAAUCUACGGUAACAGCGGGAGCACAGCGGGAUGCAUGGGUGUUUUAUCCCGGCAUACUUGACGUACCAGCACCUGAAGCCGAUGGCAAGAGUCAAGCAAGUGAGUGUGGUCCCAGACUCUCUGUGAUAGUUGAUAGUGAAAAGAUACCUGCUCAGGAUUCAGCUGAAACAACGCAUGGUGUAGGCGGGCAACCGUUGUUUGUUCUGCCGGUACGGGAGCGUAUUGCAGAACUGCUUGCAAGGCAUAAUGUUGGGCCAACCACAACAUUAAUACCUCCGGGCUCCAAUUUCACACCACUUCCCCUUCCGUUGGGUGUACGAUCACUUCAUGUGGACCCGACGGCUGACGGCAUGCCCGCUGAGGAGCCGGCCCCACAGUCCCGUGCCACUAACGAAAGGAGAGUAAAGCAACAUGAAUUCAGCAACGGCGGCUGGAAACGCCACAUGCCAACGAGUAGCAAUGGUAGCAAAGUUGUCCACGGUGACAGUGCGGGGAGCGAUGACGCUGACGGAGCGUCUUUCAGUUCAAUUAGUGCGUCAAGUGUCUGA